AAACCCUAAAAACCCUAAAUCGAGUUCCUCGCUCAAGAAAGGCAGCUGAGGCUAGCUGAGCGGAGCUCGGAGAGAGCAAGAUGGAAGAAGCCAUGGAUAUGGAAGUGGAAGGACGACAGUCUCCGUCCAGCUCAGAGCCGAAAGACUUUUCCUUCCGAAGAUUGGGGCUCAGAAAUUCGAUCCAGACGAACUUCGGCGACGACUACGUCUUUGAAAUUACUCCCAAGUUUGAUUGGUCGCUAAUGGGGGUAUCGUUGUCGUCGAAUAUGGUGAAACUGUAUUCCCCGACGACGGGUCAGUACUCUGGAGAGUGCAGGGGUCACUCCGAAACCAUCAAUGGCAUUUCAUUCUCGGGGCCAUCCAGUCCCCAUGUCUUGCACUCUUGCUCUUCCGAUGGCACCAUCCGAGCUUGGGACACCAGGUCUUUUAAAGAGGUUUCAUGCAUAAGUGCCGGCCCCUCACAGGAGAUCUUCAGCUUUUCAUUUGGUGGUUCAAGUGACAGUCUUCUUUCUGCUGGAUGUAAAUCUCAGAUAAUCUUUUGGGAUUGGAGAAACAAAAAGCAGGUUGCAUGUUUAGAAGAUUCCCAUGUGGAUGAUGUUACCCAGGUGCACUUUGUCCCUCACCAUCAAAAUAAGCUUAUUUCCGCUUCAGUGGAUGGGCUGAUAUGUGUAUUUGAUACGGCCGGAGACAUCAGUGAUGAUGAGCAUCUGGAAUCGGUAAUUAAUGUGGGAACUUCAAUUGGGAAAGUGGGUAUAUUUGGACAGACAUUCGAAAAGCUCUGGUGUUUGACGCAUAUUGAGACCUUAAGCGUUUGGGACUGGAAAGACGGAACAAAUGAAGCCAACUUUGAAGAUGCCCGAACAUUAGCAUCUAAUAGCUGGUCACUAGAUCACGUUGAUUAUUUUGUAGACUGUCACUCGGCCGAAGAAGGUGAAGGCCUGUGGGUUAUUGGUGGCUCGAAUGCUGGAACUUUAGGGUACUUCCCUGUAAAGCACGAGGGAGGGGCAGCGAUAGGAUCCCCAGAGGCUGUUCUUGGAGGUGGCCACUCGGAUGUAGUUAGGAGCAUAUUGCCUAUGUCGGGCAUGGCAGGGACAAGUUCCAAAACCCGAGGCAUUUUCGGAUGGACAGGUGGCGAGGAUGGUCGCUUGUGUUGCUGGCUUUCUGAUGACUCUCCCGCUACAAGUCGAUCGUGGAUGUCAAGCAAUCUGAUCUUAAGGUCAUCAAGAAGUCACCACAAGAAAAAUAGGCACCAUCCUUAUUAGCUUUCCAUCAGAUUUGCUUGUUUUGUUCUCAUGUAUCACUCCGCAUCAACAUGUGCCGAUCGACCUGUAUUUGAUUGAUUUUUUGAAGUACACGACACAGCGACCUGUGCUUGUAUAUCUUUUAUUUCUCCAUCAUUAAGGUCAAAUACCUUCUAGCAGGAUUAA